AGCUAACUUUACCCUGUCGAAGGUGAGUGAGGUGCCAUGGAGGAGGAGGGGGAAGGUGGGUCUAAAGAGAGAGGAAUGUUGCAGCUGUCCCAGGACACAGGCUCUCAGGAAGACAGGUGCUCCCUGAAGGUGAAUGGGACAGCCUGGCAGGUCUUCCCAGUGCAGCUCUUUCAGAGCGAACGUUACGACGCAUCUCACACACUCCAUUGUUUGCACCGGCGAAGGUCAAAUUUUGAUUUCAAAUUUCAAAAUUUCCCGGGAGAUUUGCCAAAUUUGAUUGGUUGGCCGGAGCCCACACCCAUGUGCGGUUUUUCGCCGCUUGAGCCUGCCUUCUUAGUAUGGAGAGGUACGAGAAGAUUCGUGUAAUAGGACAAGGCGCCUUCGGGAAGGUGUUCCUGUGCCGCGGGAAGGUCAAGAAACAGCAACUGAUAGUUAUAAAACAGAUCCCUCUGGACGAACUCCAAAAUAUCGAGCGAAAAGCUGCUCGGAAUGAGGUGGAAGUUCUAUCGAUCUUGAAGCACCCGAACAUCAUUGCCUACUUUGACAACUUUGUGGAGGAGAAGAGCCUGAUGAUAGUGAUGGAGUAUGCUCCAGGCGGGACCCUCUUCGAGUUCAUCCAGGACAGGAACGGAGUCUUCAUGGAGGAGGAGCACAUCCUACAGUUCUUUGCCCAGCUAUUGGUGGCCAUAGAACACAUCCACUCACUCAACAUCCUCCAUCGAGACCUCAAGACCCAGAACAUCAUGCUCAACAAGAAGAGAACGGUUCUAAAGAUCGGAGAUUUCGGCAUUUCCAAAGUUCUCUCCAGCAAAAUAACCUCUGCCCAAACAGUGGUUGGAACUCCAUGCUAUAUUUCUCCCGAAAUCUGCGAGGGAAAGCCUUACGCCAAGAAGUCUGACAUAUGGGCCCUGGGCUGCAUUCUGUACGAGCUGACCACACUCAAGAAAGCUUUCGAGGGACCGAACCUUCCGGCACUGGUGAUGAAGAUAAUGCAGGCCUCGGCGGCACUGCGACCUCUGGAAUCUUGCUACAGCCGCGGACUCAAGGACCUCAUCUACUCGCUGUUGCAGCGUAACCCUGAUGACCGCCCUGACGUACACCUCGCCAUGGCAAACCCGUUUGUCGUGAACCCCCUCAUGAACCUGAGUACAGAUAUAGGGAGGCUGCCCUGCACACGUCCGUAUUCCAAGCCGGAGGGCCGGAGGUCAGACUCUGGGGUGGAGACUGGAACCGAGUCUGGGAUGAUGGGGUCUGGACUCAGGAAAGGAGUGAGGCAGAGGUCGUUCUUCGAGGACGAGUACAGCACCGCCACUGGAGAGUCGGCAGGCAGUCUCAAGUUUGUGCUCCAGACAACUGUCUACAUGUGGGGCAACGGGACCCCUCUCCCCCUCGUCCUCCCCUCCCCCUCCGACUCUCGGGUGGUGGGCAUGGCUUGUGGGCGGAGCCAGAAGACGGGGGUCACGGAGGAUGGAAAACUCUUUCUGUGGCAGUCUUCUCUGUCGCCAGCUAGUGCUGUUGCCAUGACGCUGGGACCACACCCAAAGAGCCCCGCCCAGACCCCCCAGGAGAUGAUGACUAAGCUAAUUACUGGAGAAUCCUCUGCAUUCAUCAGGAAGGUCUCCAGUGGCGACAUGUACUACGCCUGUUUAACCGAUAAAGGCAUACUUAUGACGUUUGGGAGCGGAGUGAACGGUUGUCUUGGUUACGGUAACUACGACGAUGCACCUGAGCCAAAGUUGGUGCCAGCGAUGCUGGACUUUGAAACAGUGGAGGUUGACUGCGGCCAGGCCCACGUGGUCGCUGUCACAGCUGAUCAAGAAGUGUUCAGUUGGGGAAGAGGAGAUCAUGGUCAGCUGGGUCUGGGUAGCCAUGACAGCUACUCCACCCCGCAGAGAGUGACCCUCCCUCCCCCGCUCUCCGUGGGGCAGGACGGGGUUAAAGUUGCGGCAGUUUGCUGCGGCUCCGACUGUUCUCUCCUCAUCACCUCCACUGGCAGACUCCUGGCUGCCGGCAACAACAGGUUCAACAAACUGACUCUGGACACUGAUGCCACUGAAGAUGGUGAAGAAGAUGAUGACACCCUUGUUCUCCCUCCUGCCGACAAAGACGAUGGGCUCCAUUUAGAAUCAGGAGUGAACAAACCUGCGGAGUCCUCACCCGCUCAGUCGCGACUCCCUCGAACUCUCGCAAGCCCCUCCCCACAGCCUGGGUUGGCUCCACCCCCUCUCUCGUUCCUUCAGGAAACGAGGGAAGGGGAGGGGCAGCCAGCCAUCCUGAAACUUCUGGACCCAACGCAGCUCUCCACUUCUUCCUUUGUCAUGUCCUCCAUUAAGGUGGAGCCCCUGUGGGAGCUCUCUUUAUACAUAGGGUUUAGUGUAGUACAUACAUACAUAUGCAUUUGUACUUUUUAGCGAGCACAUAAGAAGGUGCCCAAAAAACUUGCGUACUUUUAGCAAGCAAGUGAGAAAAAUGACAAGCAUCCUGAAAAUUUUGACUAAAACUGGCAAAUUCUGUGGAAUGAAAAAAUUUGGUGACCCAAAUUUUUAAUGGUCAUCAGCUAGGGAACAAUUUUGAGGAAUCCGUGUCAUACGUAAAAUACCCCUUUCUUCUUGUUAAUCUUAUUCUGCAGUUGAGGAAAUCUGGAGAACCAGAUGCCAAUCACAGUGUGGGCGGAGCCUCACUGCCUACAACAACUAGACGUGUCUCCCUGACUGACCGGAAGAGAGGUCAAAGGUCGGAUUGACGAGGCACAAGUGUUCAGGGAGAGUGGGAGCCAGCUGAUAAGGGGGCGGAAUAUAGUUGCUGUUGCCGUGGGAACUAACCAUACCGCCAUGGUUACCGAUGUUGGUGAGGUGAUAACCUCGGGGGACAACAUGUUUGGGCAGUUGGGGUACCCCAAGGGUAAGGGGGAGAGGGACCCUGGAGUGGUGGAGUCACUGGGGGAGAGGGGACCAGUCAGACUCGUCGCCUGCGGUGACUGCUUCACCGUUAUCUCCACUGAAGAUCACAAGGUGUAUUCGUGGGGCAGUGGGAAGAGGGGGAGAUUGGGGAGGGAGUACAAGGAGGAGUCAUCAUGUUACCCACAGCCAGUCCUCUUUGAGGGAUCGUCCAUUCAGUCCAUUGUCUGUUCCCACGGCAACACCCUCCUACUCUCUGUAUCAACUCCGUCAUGACAUCAUCAUUACAUCAGCUUUUUCACAAUCAAACAAUCAUUUCAUGACAUUUAUAAUUUAUUACGUUUUUAAUUAGUACAAAAGAUUAUUACAUGAUACAAACAAGAUACAAACUUGACAUACAUCCAGAAAUAAACACUUCAAUUAAUCCUCUUGUAAUACUAACAGACGAACUUUGCCCGACAAAUUGCUCAGGGUCUCUAUGGCAACGUCUUUGGCCACCCCCACUAACAGAGUGUCGUUGACGGCAAUGAGCUCAUCUCCAGACUUGAGUCUGCCGUCACGCUCUGCCAGACUGUUGGGAAGGACCCUCUUGAUAAUGAUAGGGAGAUCCCCGCUCGGUGAGCCACUCCCCCCAACGAUGCUGAUUCCCAGUGCAGGACUGUCCGGUUCCAGUUCCAAAUAGAUCUCUAACAUUCUGUCAUCUGCAAACAACUGUUCCAACUCGGCAGGGUCCAUGUCCGAAUUCAUGAGGUCAAAGUCCUCCAGUAGCGGCGGAAAACUCCACCUCUUCCCGGCAUCGCCGUUCACCAUUGCAACCACCUCACAACCGUCAACCUCUCCGUUCACCAUGGCAACCGCCUCCCCGCCAUUCACCGUGGCAACCUCUUGAGUUCCCUGCUCUGUUGCAGCUCCAAAAACUUCCUCGAUUCCAUUCUCUCCCACUCUCUCCCCCACUCCUCUGUCAUUAUCUUCCUCCGUCUCCUCCUUGAUUGCAGGGGCUU